AUGGAAGAAGGGGGCCAGCAAAAAGGGAUCACGGCUGCAUUUCCUCCUCCACCUCCGUUUUGGAAGAACUUUACCCCCGAAAAUCUAGAAAGGCUCGAGAAAGCAAAGAAAGAGGCCGAACCGCAAGCUUUGAGCCGCAAAUGGAGCCCUGAAGCUCUGCAUGCUCUCAAACUUGCCCCGGAGCUUCGUUAUCUUGUGCCACCAGAGCUCCCGAAAGAAGGCUCAUACUCCCUCUUUGGCGAGGCGCAAUCGCUGUCCACUCAACUACCAUCGCUUGAAGAACAAGGAAUUGAACAACUCUAUCCGUCUAGUCUUACAAAUGAAACGGCCGGUCCAUCACCAGAUCACGCUUAUUAUCUUUUGAAAAUCAGCAAAUCCCUCUUACUUAACUUCCUAGAAUUGGUGGGCAUCCUGUCGAUUAACCCCGAACAAUACGAGCCAAAGAUUGAAGAUAUUAGGAAUCUGUUUAUUAACGCACACCAUUUACUGAAUUUGUAUCGGCCUCACCAAUCCCGAGAGUCACUUAUUACGAUGAUGGAAGAGCAACUAGAGCAGGCGAAGGAGGAGAUCCGAGAAAUGGAGCAGACGAAGGAGCGCGUGGAGAUAUAUCUCAGAGAGCUGGAAGCAGAGGGACGUAACGUAUCGCCGAAUGAUGAGCCGGUCCAGACCCCGGAGUCAGGACCUCACAAUACUAAAACACAGACAUCAGAAAGCCAAGCAGAUGGCGAACAAGUAAUGUGGAAGCUCCUGGAUGAAGUCGAAGAAAGCUGA